CUGAAUACUUAAAUUUUUUAUCAAAUGUUUUUCCUGAAAUUUAAAAACUAAAUUGUUGAAGAUGAGUUUGAAUAAAAAUAUAAUCAUAGUAUCAUCUCAUAAUUAGUUUGAAUAAAAUAAAUGUUGUAUUAAAUCCAAUUAGAAAAACUCAAUGUUAUGGUGUUUUUUAAUCUAAAAUUAUAAGUUAAGUCGGAUCAUAGAUGUUUACCCAAAACGAAAUACAGAGACAAUGGAUAUCAAAUGAACCAUAAGCCGGACCUUCCCUAGAAGUAAACCCAAUUGUUGAUCCAUAGUCGGACUCGGGUGGCCUAAUGAAGAAUAACCCAUGGUUUUUAAUUCCUGAAAUUCAUCUAUAACUAUAAUCUUCUUCAGCUUUACCAACGCGGUCCCUCGACUCACUCGGACGAACGCUUCAACAAACUCACCUCACUGUCAUGUGUCUCUUCGUUUCCCAGCAUCUACAUCUCCUUUAACUGAUUCACACUCUUUCCAGCUACAUCUCUGGACAAGGUCUUUUGUACCAGCUGCCUGGACCAGGAGCUCUCGUGGUGAAGCUGAAAAUCAACCCAAUAGGAAAACCAUAGAAACAAGGAGAUGGGAAAACUUGGUUUGGUCAAUGAUAAGACCUUUAGGAUAGCUUUAAAGACCCUAGCAUUAGCUAGGGAGUUGAAGAAAUGUGUGGGUUUUUUCCAUUUGAUGAAUGGGUUUGGGGUCGGAUACAAGUUGGAGACUUUAAAUACAGUGGUGGAAAGUUUAUGCAAGGAUAAGCUUGUUGAAGAGGCCAAGCUUGUUACUUUCAAGUUGAAAGAGUGUGUUGAGCCAAAUGGGGUUACUUAUAAGUGGUUGAUAUGGGGGUUUUGUGAUGUGGGGAAUUUGAUUGAGGCCUCAAAAAUUUGGAAUCUGAUGGUGGAUGAAGGGUUUGAGCCUGGUGUUGAGGUUGUGGAGACAAUGAUUGCGGCACUUUUUAAGACUAAUAAAUAUGAUGAAGCAAUGAAGGUUUUCCAAAUGAUGAGAGUUAAGAGAAUGCAUGAUUUGGGGCUUUCAAGUUAUAGGCUUGUGAUCAAGUGGAUGUGUAAGAGAGGCAAGAUUGAGCAAGCCCAUGGGAUGUUUGAGGAAAUGUGCCAAAGAGGGAUCCAAGCUGAUAAUUUGACCUUGGCUUCGAUUAUUUACGGGCUUUUAGCAAGAGGGAGGAUUAGAGAGGCUUAUAGGAUUGUGGAAGGAAUUGAGAAUCCGGAUAUCAGCAUUUACCACGGACUAAUAAAGGGGCUUUUGAGGUUUAGGAAGGCAAGUGAAGCAACACAAGUGUUUAGAGAGAUGAUAAAGAGAGGGUGUGAGCCUAUAAUGCAUACAUAUAUCAUGUUACUGCAAGGUCAUCUGGGGAAGAAAGGGAGGAAAGGACAUGAUCCAUUGGUGAAUUUUGACUCAAUAUUUGUUGGGGGCUUGAUUAAGGCUGGAAAGACAGUAGAGGCUACCAAGUAUGUGGAGAGAACAAUGAAAAGAGGAAUGGAAGUGCCUAGAUUUGAUUACAAUAAAUUUUUACAUUACUACUCAAAUGAGGAAGGUGUAAUGAUGUUUGAGGAGGUGGGCAAGAAAUUAAGGGAAGUGGGGUUAUUUGAUUUGGCUGAUAUAUUGGAGAGAUUUGGGCAGAAAAUGGCCACUAGGGAUAGGAGGAGAGAGAGGGCAAUUGAUCCAUGAGAAGGACCUUGAAAAACUGAAAAAUUGUAGCCUAAGUACAUACCUUUUGGUUGAAGUUGCUAAUUAUAUUGAAACCCAAUUAUGGUACAAGACUACAACAUAUUGUCCUUGUGUAUGUUGGACCUGCAAGUGUCAUCAAACUUUGAAGCAAAGACUUAGUAGAGGUGUAUCACAUUUCCCUUUUGCUAUAUCACUAAGACUAUGCUUUCCAACUUUCGGUGGGGUUCUGGUAUCUCUUUCCAAGCUUUGGCUACAACCCAUCUUGCUCCUUGUUCAGUAGCCAAAUAUCGGACCUCUUGAGGCUCCAAACUCUAUACUGUUGCUUGGAGUCCAGGACAAACCUGUAAAGCCAUUUCAUGUCUCGUCAUGAUCGGGAAAAAAGAAAGAAAGAUCCAAAUCCCAUUGAAAAUGAUGCACCAAGAAGAGAAAAUGGAGAGCAUUAUGAUCCUAUGAAGUAUUUCUUAGCCAAUCCCCAAGCUUUGACCUUGAUCUCAGAUCAAACACCUUUGCUGUCUCAAGAUAUGACCACCAUUGACUUUUUCUGGUAUUUAAUGGCCCAUCUAAAUCUUCCAGUAAAAAAAAGCGUUAGACAUUUUGUACCCAAGAAACCAAUUGCAGGGAGUAUGACCAGAGCCUCGUGCCACCAUUGAUGAAAACAAGUACAUUUAUUGGUCUCAUUCAAGAUUUCAUCGGAAUCUCUAUUUGAUUAUUUGACACACUACAAUACUUUGGCAAUACCUCGCUAAUUGUUUUUAUUUUAAGAAGGUUAAAAAUUAA